AUGCUCCGACGCGCCCCCACCACGAUUACGCUCACACAGGCCGACAUUGAGCAGUGGGAAGCCAGUCGCCAACGUAAACUCCACGAGGCUCAGCAAAAGCUCGAGGCUGAGGUGGCCGCAAACCAAUCCACUUCCGACGGAAAGUCUAAGGAGUCCAGGCAGAGGUCUACAAAGGACCGCAUCAUGGGUGGAAGUGGCCAGGGCCGCUGA